CGCACGUUACAUAUUAUAAAUAUAUAAAAAGAACACUAUCCAUUCUUCUGUUACUUUUACUUUUUAAAUAAAUAAAUAUAAAUUAUUAUUAUUUUUUUGAUGGCGACCCACACCUCACCGUUGUCUAUCAACGACCUUUGCAAUGCACCUGAGCAAGAAGUCUCAUCUGCCGCCUCGACCGCCUCGACCACCUCGACCAAAUCAUCUUUCUCGUCUGUUGCUUCUACACCUUCGUCUCUGAUAGCCAUCGACCAGCAGGACCCAGACGUCCAGCUAGCUGUAGAGGCCUUGGGAAGCAUGGCCCGCGGCAUGACUCUUGAGCCAAAGCCAAUCAUUUCAAUCUCAAACUACUCUGCACCCUCGACCACACCUUCCUCCCCACUCCCCACUCCCACCUCGACUUCAACCUCGACCAAUUUCCCCUUUCCAGCCGAGUGGAGUCACAACCCCGACGAUCCAAAGAACAACAAGGAUUUCAUGCAUCGCAUGUCCAACCUACCGAUCGUCAACUCUGCGCUCAGAGUCUAUGAGAGUUCAAAGGCAUCGAGUUCAUACGUAAAGUAUGGUGCUGAGAUGGUUGAAUCAAUCGCUGCCCCAAUCUAUGACAAGGUUGGCCGCAGAGUUCUGUCCAAUGUAGACACCUGGGGAUGCCGUCAGCUUGAUCGAUUUGAAGAAAAGUAUUCUGCGCCUCCACAUCCAGCACAAACACUUGUAGAUACAGACGAAGAUGGUCCCACAAUGGCAGCCCACGCCUUGGCGCGUGCAACCAUCAGCGAUCAUCACGAGCAACAGCGCGACGGACUCAGACGACGAAGAGAUGACCCACGUGAAGAUCCUUACACCAAGGCUCGUUCUCGUUCAUGCUCUCGUUCGACAUCACCUCAUCGGCCUUAUACACUUGCAAAGACCGUCGUUCGACACCGUACAAAUGCCGUUCCUCGUAGUCGAUGGCAACAAAUUGUGGCCCAGGCUGGAUCAGCUGCAGGUACGACUGCUGCAGUUGUGAGUGAAGAAUCAAUGAAGUGCUUGCGAUACUGCCUCAGCUGGCUGGAGUACGCUGUCCAGCACAUUGAUCAGCAGAUGAACCUUCUCCGCAAUUUCCUUGUUUCACUUGCCUCAAAAGACUCGUCCUCUUCAAUAUUACCAUCACAAUCCCAAUCCCAAUCACAAUCACAAUCAGCAGCAUCUGGGCCAAACACAGUCGCUGCCAUGUCUUCAUCUUCAGCAGCCACACUUGCUGCAAUCAAGAAAGAGAUGGUCGACACCUUACGCAAGGUUGUCGAGGUCGUGAGCCGAUACGCAGGAUCUGGUCUUCCAGAACAAGCCAAGGCCAGUGUGCGUGCCUUUAUCCUGGCCUUACCUGGCCGAUGGGCUGUCCUCAACACAUCCACAACCGUGUCACCCUCGGCCUCGCCUGCAAUCAACCCCCACACACCAUCGCAUGUCCAGGACACAUCAAUCAAGCUGCUCAACUUUGGUGGCGAGUCUAUUGAGAUGCUUCAUUCGGUCGCGACCGUCUUCUCAGACACGAUCGACAGAGCCGAGAUCUGGCUUGAUCGCCUCCGGGUUGUAGGUGUUUCCCAAGCCCAGUCUCACAUGGACAUCGUCCGUGAACAAUCACAGCACGAACAUUGUCCAAAGACUGAGCGCAUGGACAUGAGCUAAGCUACAAAAAAGAAAGAAAGAAAGAAAACAAAAAUACUAUUAUUAUUUUUAUUUUUAUUAUUAUUAUUUUUAUUAUUAUUAUAUCCCACCCACAUUUGCAUCAAC